AACGUGUGAUAUGUAUUGACAGCAAACUUCACCUGCAGGUGUUAAAUUUAUUUUCUCAGUCCGCCAAACUUGAAUUAAACGUACGUGUGACUGAAGGAUAAUAGGUAUAUCAAAAACAUAAACUAAUACGUCCCAUAGCCGAACAUGUAAUGAAAUCCGAUUUAAAGAGAUUUAACUUUUUGUUCGCAAUCCUUGAAUUUCUUCUCGAUCGAGUCUACCCGACGUCUCCGUAGCGACGUGGCUAUCAUGUGACCGACCUUAAUCUCCGAGUUUUGUGCAAUAUGGCUAUUCGUAUGUAGAUACUAUAUGGGACCGUAAUUGUAGAAGAUAACGUAUUGUUUAAGAAUUAUUUAAUGGAUUUAUUUAGAUUAAUUAGAUGCAUUUUGUUUGUUAGGUAUCAUUAGUGCAGUUAUAGAAGAAAUUAGCCCAAAAUGGCAGCUACCACAACGUUGCCAAAGAUCUCUCGCACUCCUUUGUCUACACCCGUCCCUCCUUCGAUACAGCGGUCCAACACCAUGUACGGGGCCUAUCCCCCGCGGGAACUCUCAAGCUCCAUGAGUCUGGUUCAUAUCCCACCCAGGGUCAACCCCCUGGCUCCACCCCCACCCCGUAAAAGAAUCCAGGAUCAUUGGGAGACCGUAGAACAACACUGGCACAAUGAUCAGAGGCGGAUCCUGAUGCAACAGCGGGAACAUCGACGGUAUCACUCAGCCUGGGCCAAAGCCUUCUACGGGGCACCUGCUGAAAAAGAGCAAUAUAGAAAACACUUUCGGGAUGUACUGAAACAGCAGAUGGCAGAUCAAGAUACCAAUAAGAGCCUCGCUUUCAAAGAGAAAUGUCUGGAGAGUAAACAGUCCAUAGCUUACGAUAACGACUGUCGACAGAAGGACUCAGACGCCUACAUCAAGAAACAUGUCUACUUACAAAACUUCAGAGACGGAAACAAAGAUAUGAUGGAGAAAAAAUGGCAAGAGUCAAGGACGGACCGGUUCUUAGAACAGCGGAUUGAUAGAGAGCGUCUACGAUACAACCCCAUAAACUGGUCCUGUAGUCUCAAGUGAUUUCUGUUGGUGUUCAGGAUUUCUUUGGAUGUUCAUGUACAGUUGUACUUUAUACAGUAUCUUGUAAGAAAGUAAAUGCACCAUGGCUGGGUUUUUUCACAUCACGGUUCGGAAGAUUUACCAGUAUGCAAAGAAUCACUCAAUUUCAAUUUUUUCCCUUCAAGUGUAGCUCUUUGACAUUUACGAAAUAUAGAUUAAGAAGUUGCAACUUGAUUAUCACAAUCACUACAGACAGAUCAGAGUCUCUGUCACAAAUUAUUGUUUGAUGAAGAAGAGGUUUCGUCAUAUAUAAGCAGUAAUUUUGACGCACGUACUAUAUGCAUUUUCUUCUACAGCCAUCUUUUCUUACCACAGAUAUUUGAAUGCACUUUAUUACGUCAUUAAGUACCCCCCCCCCCCCCCCCAAGGCUACUGCUGUUUAUGCUCAUCAUAUGAUUAUCAAUAUGGAACACAGCUGUUUAUGUGACGUGAUUGUGACUUUAGAUAUGCCCAUUUCAUAGGUAAAAGUUGCUCAAUUCAUGUCAGCUCUGGAUCUAGUAUACCAUAAAAUACCAUAUCUGUAAGCAAUUUACAUUACGCGGCUUAACAAAAAAAAAAUAAUUGAGUAUCAUUUGAGAUACAUGUAUAUAUUUUCUCUCAGAGUAAUGGGUUCAAUAAAUCUAAGUCGAUUAUCCCUUUCGCGGAGGAUAUAAAUUCAUUAGAAUGUAAAGACCGCCCACGGGAAGAUAAGGUAUUUUACAGUAAUACAGAAUCUCACAAUGUCACAUUCUGUUUUUAAUAUUUGUCUUAGAAUUAUGUCUGUUUAUGUAAGAAUUUAGUAUUGCUUUGAAGCCAAGGUUUUUCUUUGGUGUUCAGAACACCCUGUGAUACUUGUUAAGUGCUGUGAUAGAUACGAGCUUUUGUCGUUGGUUAUUACUUGUUGUCACAUAUAUCAACUGUACGUAUUCUUAUCAGUAUUAUGAAGUGAGACCAUAUCGUAUUGCGUGUAUUUUUUGUUUUGAUAAGGUAUAAUUUAUAUAUAUUAUUUGUCUCCAGUUACUAACUUAUACAAGUGUAUUAUCUUUAUGACAUGUGUACGUUAGUUUUACAGUGUACGUAACAUGAACGGAUUUCUAAAAAUGCUGAAACAGAGGAUAUUAACAGAUUACUUGUUUUGCUGUGAAUAUUUCAUUAAAUCAUUCGCAGAAACUUCUGUCUAUUUUAAUAGUUCUGAUGUUUCAAAUUAAUCCAGUUCUUCUAGUUUGAUGCAACUAAAUCUUGUUUCGUUGUCCUAUCUAUUUUUAUUAAAAUCUGAUAAUUUGA